AUGGCAGCAGCUCUGGGAUCCCUCCCGGCCCUGCCCCGGCACCCCUGGCCAGGCAGCCUGUCACGGAUCACCUCCAACUUCUACCUCAGUGACAUGGUGGCCACCAACAGCUUCCCCCGUUCUUCCCACCGCAUUAGCACGGUCAUCAACGUCUCCCUGCAGGUGGUGAACACCCUCUGUCCCGACGUCGAGUACCUGCGCGUCCCUAUGAUGGACGCCCCCACCACCCGAAUCUCCAGCUGCUUCGACUCCAUGAUAGCUAAGAUCCACAGCGUGGACACGCAGGGUCGGACGCUGCUGCACUGCGCUGCUGGGGUGAGCAGGUCCACCGUCUGCUUGGCCUAUCUCCUGAAGCACCGCUCCAUGUCCCUGGCAGGCGCCCAUGCCUGGGUUGAGUCCUGCCGUCCCAUCACACAACCCAACAACAGCUUCUGGCAGCAAGUCAUCCACUAUGAGUACAAACUCUUCUGCGUCAACAGGCUCCAAAUGAUCAGCUCUCCAUCAGGGAUGAUACCCAGUGUUUAUGAAAAUGAAGUAAGAGUAAUGCUGCUUCUCUGA